GCCCCCUCGCAUGUGAGUUCACUUGCUGUUGCUGCUGCUGGGGCCGUCGGCAUCGUCGAUGGUGGGCACCGGCACCGACGGUGACACGCCGAUCGCCCUGGCCGUGUUCGCCUCGUCCUCGAACCGUACCGCGACCGACGAUUUCAUGGGUGGCAUUGCCGCCCCGGCCGCGUCUUGCGUCGUAUCCUCCUUCAGCUCGAUGUCGAUGAUCUGCUCGAACGGCGUCGCGAGGAACUCCUUGACGGGGUAGGUCCACGAGGGCUUUGCCGUCAACGAGUUCCUCGAGACGUUGCCGAUGGGGCCGAGGGCGGUGGGUGUGGGGCCCAAGAGGGCGGCGGAUGGGCGGUAGGCGCGGAGAGUCUCAGCCCCGUUCACCGUGAGCUCAUAGGUCUCGAUGUUGGUCACCCUGCUGCCCCAGGGCGGGGUCGGGUCACGAGGCUCCUGCAAGAGGUCGGCCACGGGCAUGUUGAAGCACCCGAUCUUGUCGUAGCUCUUGUGCAGGAUGAAGGUCUGGUUGCCCUCCUCCACCCACCUGACACAACACAUCAGUGAGAGAAUCAGUGCAUGUGUGGGUGUGGGUGGGUGGGAGAGGGUGGGUAGGUGUGCUCACCCGAUGUCUGCAGCGCUUUUGUUGGUCUCGAGCUUGAACUUGUAUUCGUCUUGCCGCCAGCGACCGCCAGGCCUUGGACGCCGCGCAGGACGCUGUUGUCGAUGUCGAUGGCGCUGCAGAUAGGCGAGGCGAAGGCGCUCAGGGGCACUGCCGGCUCCGGCAUCUGCUGAUCGGGGUGCCACACGUAGAGGGCGUAUCCCGGCGUCUUCACGUCGCUCGGCGUCUCCACGUCGCCCGGCGUCUCCGCGUCGCCCGGCGUCUCCACGUCGCCCAUGUCGAUGUGCUUGAGCGUGGAUGUGUGCUUGGACAGCGAGACGUCGACGUCGAACGUGCCCUCUAUCGCGAUCCUGCCCGACAGCACGUGACUGGGGUCAAAGGCGGGCGGAUUGAGCAGGAAAUUCUUGGACCAGAGGUCGACGAUCCCGCUCGCCUCGGUCACGCUGUAUGUCGCGAUCGUGACUGUGUCCGUCGCCCUGCCGCUGUGGACGCCGAGCACGAAGCGAGAUGGCGAGAUCAGGCCCGGCGCUGGCCUCCACUGCCACGUGUCCUUCUCCUCGUUCACCACCAUCCCGUGGUGCGCUGUGGUGAUGGUACUGGAUGGCGUCACAUACUCGACAGGCAUGGCAUGCGAACAGUGGAAGUCUCGCUGGAAGCGGAAGGGCCACUGGUUGGGGUCGUUGAAGUCAAAGACCACGCCAACCAUUCCACUGCCGUUAGGGCCAACGCCAUGAGGAAACCUACAUGAGUGGGACACAACACACACACACACACGCACGCACACACACAUGUACGCACAAAUCUUCCCGUCUAGUGCAUCCCUCCCUCCAUCCCUCCCUCCCCAUCACCCUCUCGCUCACCCCAUGAGCUUGAGGUCGAGAGCAGCAUCAAACUCGACAUACAGCUUCACGAAGGCUGUCUUGCCGGCACCAAAGUAGUCGUCAGGCACCGCGAAGUGUGCCUGCCAUUCCUUGCCCGCCCGCUUGGCCACGAAGGCGAGAUCGGUGCCGUAGGGCUCGUACUUGGGGUGGUGGCGCGGGUAGCAGAGGUGGAUUUUGAGUGGUCGGUGAGUGAGGAGCUCCAGCACCACGGGGGUGCCCCGCGUUCCGUCGGACAUCUUCUGGACGCCCGUCGACGCUGACCCGAGCAUGGACGCACCAUCCACACCACACGUGCCGAUGAUCGUGACAGACGUCGACACAACACGGGCUUUGACGCGUAUCUUGGAUCGGCGGAAGUACACGAGGGCUUGCUUGAACUUGACAGACUGGACGCCGGGAAGUGUGGCUGCAGGUGCUAUGCUGGCCCAGUAGCCGGCAGCGUUGGCCGUCACCGUGCCAGUGGCCUGCGUCGGUGUGCUGCCUGCCGCGGGCCUCGAGGAAGGCGACCCCGAGGAUGCGCCUGCCGUGGUGCCGGCGAGUUGCGUCGAUGCGAGUGUCGCUGACGGGGGUGACGGUGCCGGCACUGAUGGAGGCGAUGGGUGAGGCGAAGUCGGUACCCCUGCCCGCUGCACUCCUGCCGUCAGAGGGGGACGCUGUGGAGCAGCACCAGAGGGUGGCGGUGGCCCUGGCGGAGAAGAGGGCGGAGAAGAGGACAUAGCGGCGCAGCGCUGGCCACAGACGAGACGGGGCUCGACGGGGAGCGAAAACUCCAAAGAUCUCCGCG